AUGUUUCGCCUAAAUGUAACCAAGCAUCACUGCCUGAGGUUGCACAGCACAAACAUUGUGUCAGCGGUCGUGCGCCUGAAACCUGAGAUCAGUAGUAGUAUCAGUACUAUCACCGAUUCUGUUGAAUUAUGUGACAGUGUUAAUGGUAGCUUGGCACGAUCAGACUAUGAUACAACUCUAAAUGAGCUUGAUAUUGACACCAAUGGUCUGGUUAAUGCUAGUUGCUUGAUGAGUGUAGAGUGGAUGAUGAUCCACUCGACCAUUUGUGACAAGGAGGGUACCCUCCUCAUCGAGUACUGCACAGGGAUCUCCAAGGAGGCACCUUCUCCAUUUCAAGCCUUGUCCCUCCUGUCUUUCCUGAGCUGUGUCGACUUCAUCGACACUGCUCCUCCUCUUCAUGUCCCUUUCGCCAGUGUCCUAUACACAGAUCUCCUUCCUUUGACUGGCAACAGUUCUCUUCUACUCCUGUCCUGUGGGCCCCUGAGUGAUUCUGGUGGGAUUCGUGAUAUCGACGAUGCUCGUGCCGAUUUCGCUGUGAUCUGCCAUAGAGCUGAUUCUACUACCGAUCUUGGUGAACUUUGUCACAGCUCCUCCAAUCUACCCGAUUCCAUGAUUCCUGCUGCCGCAAGUGCACCCUCCUCUGAUGGGACUACUGCUCCUGCAAGACAUCUUCGGAUCAUGGUCCGGCUUCGUCCUCAUGAGGGAUCGACUUCUGCAGCCAAAUCUCUCCCUCCUCCUCCAGCAGCCAAUCCUCUGGCUUCUCUGGUAGCUCGGUUGCCGCUGGUACCUCUUUUCCUGGGGAUGGAUGACAAUGUCAUCACCCCCAGUUCCCUUCCCUCCCCCCUUUUGGCCAGUGCUGCCCCAUCUCUCAUGGGGAAUGAUUACUCUCCAGCUUCUCCGGAGAUUGACCUGUAUGAAGUAGACGCGAGGCGUCCCACUGUAGAGGUGAUGACCCCGGAGCAUCAGGCAGUGUGGGAGGCUGAGCUGGCUCACUCCCCCACUCCUCCUCCUAUGGCCAACAAGGUCAUUGAUGCAGUCUUGGAUGCCAUUUGUCCAAGUACCCCUGUUUAUCGGCUGGAGGUCCAGCCAUUGACCCCUCCUCCUCGCUGGGUAGAUCGUCGGACUCCUCCCCUUCCCCCUCCCAAUCAUCAUCUACCAACGAAUGGAGAGAUCGCCAGAUGGUCCGAGAGGUUCUUUGUGGCCGAGCUCAUGGCUUGGAUUGCUGACCGGUACUUACCUUUGGACUGGGAUGUGCCCGCUGGCUCCUUGCCUGAGCGUCAUCUACACCGUUGUUUUGCUUCUGCCUUCACCAAUCCUUUUGGUGAGCACAACAGAAUUCCUUGCACCUGUACCCAUUGCUAUCUAGCUGGCUUGGGGCAUUGCAAGCAUACCAUCCCCACCCACCCAGGCAUGGAGUACCCUGGCAAUGGGACUCCCAGCUUGCAGCAGUGGGGCUUGCAUCAGGCUGAGCAAGCUCACCUGACUGUGGCUGAUGGCGAUGGCCCUGGUCUUGUUUGUUCCCAGGAAUGGACAAUUGACCCAGUCAUGACUCAAGACUGGGUGUCAGCGAUGCACAUGAUUUGGCACCUCCGCUGUCAAGACUUGUCCUAUGUUGAGCGUCACGACCAUUUGUUUUCCAAGCACCAACCCCAUGAGUCCAUGACGGAAUCUGGUGGUCCUCCCGACCCCAUCGACUCAUGGGUGGAGCCUACAAUAGAUGAGCAGUGGACUCGUGUGGCCCUUGCCACUCCCUCCGUCCCCUCUGGCUAUGUCGACAUAUAG